CAUCGCCAUCUCAUCCAUCUCCCUCUUUUUCAGUAUCCUCCCUUCUAUCGCGGAGUGCAAACUUGCAGCUAUUAUUAUUCCUACGAUUAUUUUCUCCCUCUUUGAAUUGCCUGAUCCUGGGUUUAUUAACUUAUCGUCUGUUAUCGUUCCUGCGGAGUGACAUGACCAUCCGAUCCAUGAAAUUUACGCCAGAGGUACUUCUCGGAGCACCUCGACGGUCCGGGGCCGUGCCUAAUUCGACUGGAACGCUCGCCGUUUAUACCCAGACAACAUAUUCGUUCGAAUCCCAUUCCAAGACGAAUGAGAUUCGUGUGUUGGACCUUAAGACCGGUCGAUCUGCGCUUAUCACAAAUGAUCCUGGCGCCAGCUCUCCGCAAUGGAUUGACAAUACUGACCAGCUGAUUUGGUUAAAGUCAAAGGGGAAUGGAAACACAAGUUUGAUCAUCGGAGAUGCUCGACAGGCGGAUCGGACCUAUACUGCGGGCACAGUACCUGGUCCAGUGUCAGACCUUAAAGUCACUGUUAUCGAGUCAGGCAAAAUUGGCUUCGCUGUAGCUGGCAAAUCCAACCCUGACGGAACCCUAUACAAUCCUCAGGACGCCAAGGCGCCUCACAGCACCGGCAAGCUAUAUACCUCGCUCUUUGUGAGGCAUUGGGAUUCGUACAUUGAGCCUCAGAGGAAUGCUAUCUUCUUUGGCUUGCUCCAGCGUGCUCCUCUGUCGCCCGCUACUCGACAGGCGGGAAAGUAUUCCGUUUCAGGGAUUACGAAUUUGAUCGCUGUCUGUGGGCUUACCGGUGUUGAGUCGCCAAUCCCACCAUUUGGAGGAGGAGGCGAUUUUGCGGUCAGUCCUUCGGCGAUUGUGUUUGUGGCGCGAGAUCCUGAUGUUAAUCCCGCUUUGCAUACGGCAUGCUCGUGCUAUUACUGUCCUAUGUUUUCGUGGACCGGCGUGAGCGCUGUUGAGAGCAGGAUAUGUCGAGUUCAGGGUCUGGAAGGUGCCAUGUCAUCCCCCGUGCUUUCGUCUGACGGUAGCUCCAUUGCUGUUUUGGCGAUGCGCCAGGACGGGUAUGAGUCGGAUAAAAACCGGAUUCUCUACGUUCCUAAUCCUUGGAGUGGCGAGAUGAUUGAAGCAUUUGCAUCGGCAAAUGGCAAAGGGCUCUGGAAUCUCAGUCCUUCAGGGCUGACAUUCUCCAACGAUGACAAUUAUCUUUACAUCCAGGCGGAGGAGUACGGACGUGGGGUGCUUUUUCGGCUCCCUGUCGCCAACAUUCGUCACUCGACGCCAAAUAUGCUCAAAAAAAUCACAAGUUCCGGCUAUGUGACAGACGUCCACCCUGUCACAUCUAAAUCCUCCCACCUACUAAUCUCCAGUAACAGCUUAGUAGACAACAGCAUAUGGACUGUGGUUGACCCCGCGAACCCUGCUGAUGCCCAUGUCAUCUCUUCCAUUGGCCAUGGCGGAGCUGCUUUUGGUCUUUCGGCAGCUCAGGUGGACGAAAUUUGGUACAGAGGGGCAGAAGACACCCCGAUCCACGCGUGGGUGGUGAAGCCGUCCAACUUUAGACCAGGUUCCAAGUACCCUCUGGCAUUUCUGGUUCAUGGCGGCCCGCAAGGCGCAUGGAAUGAUCAAUGGAGUACGAGGUGGAACCCUGCGGUUUUUGCUGAGCAAGGAUAUGUUGUCAUAACGCCGAACCCGCGAGGCAGCACCGGUUAUGGGCAGGAAUUCACUGAUGCAAUUCGCGGGUCCUGGGGCGGGUUACCCUAUAUUGAUCUCGAGAAGGGCUUCGACUAUAUCGAGAAAAACCUGAAGUACGUCGACACGAACCGCGCUGUGGCUCUGGGCGCAUCCUACGGUGGCUACAUGAUGAACUGGAUUCAAGGCCAACCGCUCGGACGACGAUUCAGAGCUCUUGUGACGCACGAUGGCGUUUUCAGCACGACCUCCCUGCUUGCCACCGAAGAGCUGUAUUUUCCUUUGCACGAUCUUAAGGGCGUGCAGUGGAUAGUUCCUGAGAACUGGGCACAAUGGGAUCCUUCUCGUCACCUGGAUAAGUGGCAGACGCCACACCUCAUCAUCCACAAUGAGAAGGAUUAUCGGCUGACGAUAGCCGAAGGCCUCUCGGCGUUUAACGUGCUGCAGAUGAAGGGUAUUGACAGCGCUUUCUUGACAUUCCCAGACGAGAAUCACUGGGUCCUUAACCCGGAAAAUGCACUGAUGUGGCAUUAUACUAUUUUCAACUGGAUCAACAAGCAUGUCGGUCUCCCUGCCGCCUCCGAGCGCUUCGAGCAGUUUUCAGGUAAUGAAAAGGUGGCGCUCCAGAACCGUCUGGCGAAAGUCAGCCUUUCAAAUUGAAACAUGUAUAAGAUUGGCCUCAGGGAUAUCUGGAGCCGCAGACAUAUUUGAGCAGACGUUUUGUUUAUGCUGGUCUAUUUUGGCGACAAUGGAUAGUUUCUGUCUGUGUUUCAUUUCUUUGUUCGACUCCUCAACUGCUCAAUCCAGUCAAGAAUCGGAGUCGGGAACUGACUUGGGGCUGUUGCAUUGUGUUUUCGGUCACAAAGGCGAAUUGUUCCAGCGCAGGCUUUGCCACGUUUGUUAUGCUGCUUAUAAUCUUUUGCCUCGUCAUCUAAUCAGACCCAUUACUCUCUCUAUAUCUGAUAACUCAACCGCCGCAUUUGUCAUUAGCACCCUCAGUUC